CCGUGAGCUCAUACAAAGUGCAGAUCGACACUGCUGGAGAGAAAACAUCUACAAAACCAGACCACUGCUGCCCAUCAUGAUGGAUUCCUCACUGAAAAGCAACCUUGAGAGGCUGGAGUGCCACUUCACAUGGGAUCUGGGGCAACAUCGAAAUGAGCUUCAGCGUAUAAAGAUGAAAUUGCAGGAUGUGGACGAGGAAACGUGCACUUGGCCGGUUCACUAUUACAACCUGCUGGGCUACAUCCAUCAGGCUCUUGGCUCCAGCACAGAGGCGCUGAUAAACCUGGACAAAGCAGAAAGUGUGAUCCAGGAGCAGGGAACAGAAGAGGCUGGAGUCCGGCUGCAGGUCAACAAAGCUAACCUGGCUUGGGUCUACUUCCAUUUGGGAGAGAUGGAGAAAAGCAAAGAAUAUCUAGAAGAGGUGGAAAGGCUUCAAGGAAUGCAUCCUGCUCCACCUGGAUGCACUUUACACCCUGAAGUCAGUGGAGAAAAGGGCUGGACGCUGAUGAAGUUUGACUUGUCAACGAAGUGCCAGGCGAUUGAUUACUUUAAAAUGGCUUUAAAAGCACAACCAGAUAGGAAAGAAUGGCACAAAGGACUUGCCAUGGUGAUGAACAUGGAAUUUGCACAGUCUCAAUUCACUCCAGAACAGAUUGUAGAGCAACUGAAAAUCGCACAUGAGAAAGACCCGAAUAGUUUGUUCCUUCAUGCUCAUUAUUUACUAAAACUGUGUGGUCAGAAAAAGGUGUCAUCAGAAAACAUUGAAAGGGAGAUGCAAGAUUUACUAGAAAGAACUCUUGAAACUGGAAACCUGGAGGGUUUGCACAUUAUUCUCAGGUAUUAUAGAAAAGAGAUUUCUUUUGAUAAAGCUAUUCAAAAAGCAGAGACGGUUCAGGAAAAGUUCCCCUCUUCAGUUAAAGCAUCAAAACUUUUGGCAAACAGCUACAAAUGGAAGGUUUACAGCAUGGAAGGCAGUGAGGAAAAAGAGAUUUUUGCUAGGAAAGCCAUUAAGCUCUAUGAGGAGAUUGUCAGACAUAACCCUCACACAUACAGAGUAAAGCUAGCCCUUGCAUCAAUGUACAGAUAUGCACACAACAGGGAGAGAUCAGAUGAGAUUUACCAGCAGCUCCUGUCAGAGAUAAAGGAUCUUUCUCCUGAUUGGCAACAGCAUAUUUACUACAAUUAUGCCUUUCAUCUACUGGACUGCAGACAGUAUGAUGAAUCAAUCAAAUAUCACAUGAAAGUAGCAAAAAUCCCAAGUGAUUCAGUUCACAAACAGAAGAGCAUGAAGAUUCUUCAAAAAACUGUAAGAAAAGGGAGAAGCCGUCACUGUGAGGAAAUUCUGCAUAUUCUGGAGAGAAAUAAUAUUUCUGAUUAAAAUGUCAUACUUCAUCAAAAAAACAAACAAACAAACAAACAAAAACCUUCCAUUUGUAUAAAUUUGCCACAAUUCUGAAAAUUUUAGUGAAGGUGGGAAAAUCAUACAACAAUCAUUAUAGAGGGUAUGCACGUGACGUCACCGUCGACCAUUACAACUGCGGUCACGCCCACUGAGUGGCAAAAGACUGAGUGGCAGCAUUGGUUUUCAGCGUGAAUGUCGCGAAAAACACACAAAACA